AUGCCUGGUGAAAGAGUUGAUGUAGUGAACUUGUUAACAAGGAGUGAAGUAUUUUGUUCUGCCCAGAUUAAUGGAAAAUCCACAGAGCUCAAGGUAGACACUGGCUGUAAGUGUAAUGUUAUAUUGGCAGACACGUUUGCAAGAGUGAGAGCUAAAGAAAAACUCAUUGUAACCAGUAGUGCGAGACGUGUUGCUUAUGGAGGUUAUUCACGUGCCAUCAUAGUAGACUAUCUAUUGGUUGGAGGCAAUGGUGAAGCAGAACAUGACAGAAACCUAAAAGUACUAGAUAGAGCUCAUGAAGUGAAUGAAAGCACAAUUCUUCGAGGUGCAAAUUCAGACUUCCAGAAGUUACUUAUGGUUGUCUCCCCUGCAAGCAGGCCGUGUAUCCUUGGCUGGGCCAGCUGCUUGCUCUUGUCCCGGAAAAAGAAUCCUACAGAGGAAGGGAGGGACAGGUUUCUAAUAUUCAUGAAAGAUGGUGCGUGUGGACAUAUUUUACAGUUCGUGUAUUUUGCUAAUGAAUUUCAUUUCUUUUAUUCACAGUCUGUCAGUGCAGAAAGAAUAAGUCCUGUUGAAUUUCCUGUUACACAAGAAAAUGAUUCCUAUAAUGAGGAGUUAGCAGCAUUUUCUCAAGAAGUAACAAAGUUGCGAAAUAGAUUUCCUUAUAAUAAUCAUUCAACAAAUCCUGGUUAUAUUCUCAGUCCUGUCCUGCUCCAGAGAGAUGUGAAUCAUGAAAGUUCUAGCGUCAAGGUUUCUAUUGAAAUUGAAGAAUCUCCACAGCCAGUAACUUUUACUUGCGAUGGCAGAAGAUGAUGAAGAUCUGACAGACUUGGAAAACCAUCUCUAUUAUAUUGAUAAGCCAUUUAAAGAAACCAUCAAACGACAUUCUCUGGCUGAACUGCUGGAUGCAUAUUACAGUCAAGUAGCAUUCUGUCUUGAAAAUGAGAAUAACCAAUACAAAACAGUAGAGUAUGUAAUACAUGCUGUCAAAGCUAUCUGCAAUGCUUUGGAUGGUGUAGAAACUUUGGCAGUCACUGAAGCCACAAAGAAGUUAAAGAGGGCUGUCAACCUUCCAUCUGCUAAAAGUGCUAAGGUUGCAGUUAAAUCCCAGGAUGGAUCUGCUCAAAAUGCAACAACAGAUGAGUCAUUAAACUGUGAAAAUCCUGUUCAGGCAGCUGUGAGAAUGUUAACAAGGGCAAUAUAUGAUCUCCUGCAGCUCUACUUGACUUCAUUUAGCUAUAGUCCAACAUCAGCUGAAAGUACUUCAAAAAACAACAGAGCUACCAAAGAAGCUAGUGCAACAAACGAACAUCUUCAAUUCACGGUUUUUGCUGCCCACAGAAUACCUUCUGGGUGGGUUUCCAUCUUUGAGAAGUACUACUUGAUUUGCUCUCUGACCCAUAAUGGAACAGAUCUCUUCAAACCAAUUCAGUCGAAGAAAGUAGGAACGUACAGGAAUUUUUUCUGUCAUAUUAAGUGGGAUGAACUUAUAAGCUUCCCAAUCCAGAUUUCCCAGUUGCCUUUAGAAUCAAAGCUGUUGCUUACUCUUUAUGGAAUGUUUAACCAGAAUGCUGGCAACUCACCAGAUCCUAAUAAGCAGAGGAAAAGUUCUGAGAGACUUGGACGUGUCUCCCUACCCCUGUUUGAUUUUACACGCAAAUUGAUGGUUGGCACCAAGCUUUUGAGUCUUUGGACUUCCUCAUUUAUAAGUUCAGCAUCUGGCACUUUAAGCAGAAAAGGAAACCAAAUGGAAAGGAUUAUACUACAGGUGGAUUUUCCAGCUCCCUCAUUUGAUGUUGUGUAUGUAGCUCCCAAUGUCAAAAGCAAAUCAGCACCACAUAGUUUGGAAAGCCUUGAUAAAGAGAUACAAGAGCAGCUGCUUUCACUUCUUAACAGAGAAUUCACAUUUGGGCUUUCAAGCAAAGAAAAAGAAUUUCUUUGGGAAAAGCGACUCUACUGCCUUUCCCAUGAAAAAAGCCUUCCUAACAUACUUGUUAGUGCUCCAAGUUGGGAUUGGGCUAAUGUGCCUGAAAUCUAUUCUGUGCUACAGCAGUGGAAACCCCUGUCACCAGAGAAUGCAUUGGCUUUGCUGGAUUCCAAGUUUUCUGAUCAGGAAGUUCGGAGUACAGCCGUGAAAUGGAUGGAGACCAUUUCUGAUGAUGAACUCACAGACUACCUCCCACAGUUUGUGCAGGCCUUGAAGUAUGAAGUUUACGUGGAUAAUUCCUUAGUACAGUUCCUGUUGACUCGAGCUCUGGGGAAUAUUCGUGUUGCUCACUACUUAUACUGGCUGCUGAAGGAUGCACUUCAGGACCCUUAUUCUGGUGUACGCUAUGAGCGCAUUUUGGGUGCCUUACUUUCCGCUUGUGGAAAAGGGUUGAGGGAAGAAUUUGAGAAGCAAAGUAGACUUGUGCAGCUUUUAGGAGUGGUGGCUGAGAAGGUGCGGCAAGCCAGUGGAUCAGCUAGACAGGUUGUUCUCCAGGAAGGCAUGGAGGGUGUACAGUCUUAUUUUGCAAAGAAUAAAUGCAGGUUACCUCUGAACCCUAGUCUGGUAGCAAAGGAACUGAACACUAAGGCAUGUUCAUUUUUUAGUUCUAAUGCAGUUCCAUUAAAGAUAGCAUUUGUGAAUGCCGACCCUUUGGGGGAAGAAAUAAAUGUUAUGUAUAAGGUUGGUGAAGAUCUACGGCAAGACAUGUUGGCUUUACAGAUGAUUAAAAUUAUGGAUAAAAUCUGGCUGCAGGAGGGCCUUGACCUGCGAAUGGUUGUCUUUAAAUGUAUCUCGACUGGCAAAGACAGAGGAAUGGUUGAACUUGUACAGUCUUCAGAAACCCUUCGGAAAAUACAGGUGGAAUAUGGAGUUACAGGAUCUUUUAAGGAUAAACCACUUGCUGAAUGGCUACGAAAAUACAAUCCAACAGAGGAGGACUAUGAUAAGGCUUCAGAAAAUUUCAUCUAUUCAUGUGCUGGCUGCUGUGUAGCCACUUAUGUCUUGGGUAUAUGUGAUCGGCACAACGACAACAUCAUGUUGCGAAGCACAGGACACAUGUUCCAUAUCGAUUUUGGAAAGUUCCUUGGUCAUGCCCAGAUGUUUGGAAGCUUUAAAAGGGAUCGAGCUCCAUUUGUACUAACUUCAGACAUGGCCUAUGUCAUUAAUGGUGGAGAAAAACCUACCAGCCGUUUUCAGCUUUUUGUGGAUCUUUGUUGUCAGGCGUAUAACCUGAUAAGGAAACACGCAGGUGUAUUUCUUAACUUGUUGUCAUUGAUGCUUACAUCUGGAUUACCAGAACUGAAUGGAGUCCAGGAUUUGAAGUAUGUGCUGGAUGCUCUUCAGCCGCAAACUACAGAUGCUGAGGCCACGGUUUUCUUUACCAGGUUGAUAGAAUCAAGUUUGGGAAGUGUUGCAACGAAGUUCAACUUCUUCAUUCAUAACUUAGCUCAGUUGCGAUUCUCAGGAUUGCCUUCCAGUGAUGAACCUAUACUGUCAUUUUCACCAAAAACUCAUACUCUUAAACAGGAUGGUCGAAUUAAAGAUGUGUCUAUAUUCACAUACCAGAAACGGUAUAAUCCAGACAAAUACUAUAUUUAUGUAGUGAGAGUAUUGAGGGAAGGGCAAACUGAUCCUGUAUUUAUCUUCCGGACAUUUUAUGAAUUUCAAGAACUACAUAACAAACUGAGUAUUCUAUUUCCUCUUUGGAAGCUUCCUGGUUUUCCAAAUAAAGUUGUACUAGGAAGAACCCAUGUUAAAGAUGUGGCUGCCAAAAGAAAAGUUGAGCUGAACAGCUACAUUCAGAGUCUGAUGAGCAGUUCUGCAGAUGUUUCAGAGUGUGAUCUCGUUUAUACUUUUUUUCAUCCUUUGCCAAGGGAUGAAAAGACAGAAGCAAUAGAUGGAAUUGCUAAAUCUACAGAUGAUAUCCCAUUGAGCCCUACCUCCGGCAAGGUAGGAGGGGAAGUAAAGCUGUCUCUCUCCUACAGAAAUGGAACACUCUUCAUCAUGGUGAUGCACAUCAGGGAUUUGGUUACAGAUGAUGGCACAGAUCCAAACCCUUAUGUGAAAACAUAUUUACUUCCAGAUCCGCAUAAGACUUCUAAGCGCAAAACAAAAACUUCCAGAAAAACACUGAACCCUACAUUUAAUGAAAUGCUUGUGUACAGUGGCUACAGUGUAGAAACCCUGAAACAAAAGGAGCUUCAGCUGAGCGUUCUGAGUGCCGAAUCACUGCAGGAGAAUUUCUUUCUUGGUGGCCUUACUCUUCCUCUGAAAGAUUUUAACUUAAGCAAGGAGACUGUUAGUUGGUACAAGCUGAGUGCUGUACCCCAUUUAUGUUAAUAAUGUACAACUAAAAAGACUUGCUUGUUAAAGGCAGUGCUCUGAUUACCUACAGAAAAUUCACAUUUUCUUUCUUGACACCAAGUGUGUCUCAGAUUAUCGGUGAGUUUUUUUUGUCCCGUCUUUUGUGUAGUAGACUUGCAUGAGCAAGCUGAUUAGCCAUUGCAGCAGUACAGUAAUAUCCUUCCCAUUUUCAGCACUUAGUGUCCUUUACUAGAUAUCUAAAAACUGGGACCAGCAAGUAUAACUUUAGUAAGAGAAAUUUCUUAACGUUAAGAAGCAGUGCCCUUGUUUUGUAUGUGUUAAGAGUAUUGACAGUCUAAACUACAUCAGUCUGUUCUGGUGUCUGAUGACUUGAUGUGAAAAAUAACUGCUUGCUUAAUAUUUGGGGAGGAUAGUACUGUAAUGUGUUACAUUUGGAGGUAAUUAUGUAUGUUUUCUUCUGCACAGUGGACCAGUCAUUCUAGAGAAGAAAAUUACUGCAUUUUUAGCAGAACUUGAAGCAUCACAUAUAUUAUAGCUGUUCCAGUUUUGUAAAAUAUGUACUUUUUCUGAGAACUGACAAAUUCUCAUUCCUUUAAGUAUGGUAUUGGGGAUUAAAGAAAUGCUGUAACAGUAGUUUUUUUUUUUUACAUCAAAAUGAAAUUCAGAAUGAAGAGAAUGCUGAACUUGCUGAAGCUUUAUCCCAUAUCUAUUGCCACUUGUGUAUUCCUGUGUAAGUCGUUUUCUUGUGUUGAGCAGUGUAGGUUAAAUUUAUUGUACUGUGUGGCAUGUUCCAUGUUAGCAAUGUCCACAGCCUUCUGGUUCCUGAAUUGACAUGUUUGUAAUACAGCUUUAUGAAAAGCACAAUCAGGUUCCCUUCUGCUUAGAAUAUCGAUUAUUUUGUACAGUAAUUGUUGCAGAAGUCUAUCAUUAUUUGUUAACAUAACCACUAGAAACAUAGUCAUUUAUUUUUUUCUCUAGAAAGGUGUCUGUUUCAACAUUAAGCUCCAGCUCCAUUCUUGCUUAUUUAAGUCCAAGUAUUUAAAGUUUAGAAAUGCUGUAAGCACACCUGAGAGAGGGAGAACUUUUCCUCAGCAUUGUAUUGUCUGCAGCUUGGAAUCUCCUACAUGCCAGCGAUCUGGACAUCAUCAACACAGAGAAGAUAAGAGUAGUCCAUGGAUGCUGUUAAUGAAAGCAGUGAGCGUGGUUGUGAUCAGCAGCAGGAUUAUUGUUCUUAGAUUUACAUCCCUCGUUAUGCUCUUUCUCUCAAGUGCCUGCAUGUUAGCACAGCUCUCUUUUGACAAAAAUGUGUUUAAAUAUAUCUCUAUGAGAAGUGCCUGUUGCAUUAUAUCUAGUCUGUUAUUGAUUGGGAAGCAUGUAGUUUGCCAGUUAGGGUUUCAUCAAAAUGAGAAUUGGCUGUUUUAAUUACCUGUUUCAUCAAAACCUGGCCUCUCUAAACAGUGAAAUGAUGGAACAGUUCUGUGAUCUUGAAAUUAGUAUAUUUAGAGAUGCAGACUGACUAGUGCAGAGAGUUGCACCUUACAAAAAUGCUGCUUUUGUAUUUUUUAGUAGAUUUGAUGGUGUUUUGGAAUUUGACAGUUUGCUUUUGUCUGAGUUAAUGCCUUUGAAGCUGUUAUAGCACAACUAGUUACCGAUCAACAAAUUUGCUGGUCCCUCGCCCUUUUUUUUUCCCUCAAAGAAGGAAACGUCCAUUAGAAUGCCUGUGCCUGGAGUUGCAUAGUCAUCUUGUGUGCCUUGCUUUAUCCUUUUGAAGCUUAUGACUAAUUUACACAGCAAGGCAUUUCUGCCUAUGAAAGAUACUGCAACCACACACCGGAGUAUAUGCCUUCGGAUUGUAAUGGUGCUCAUUGCUACUAAUAAAAUGUAUCCUGGAAGAUGCACAAUUAUUGACUUAAAACCGGGCUUAAACUGAGAUCAUGAAUGGGGUAAACCAAUGGCAUGGCAGUAGGGUUGUUUGUCAGCAGUUAAGCUUUCUUAAUUAGAAGGAGACAGGUUAUAUAUUCAGUGAUGAAUUCGAAGUGUUAAGCUGCUGGUAUUUAUAAAGAAAAAUACUUAAACAUCAAGGUGCAUGCAGUUAUGUCACAUCCCAAAGACUUUGGUAGAUGCUUUCAGAGUAGCUGAUACACUUUUCAGUGGAAAUCUAGCCACCUUCCUGAAUUUCUGGUGCUGUAAAAUAAGUCAGAUUUUUUUUGUAGUCAUAUGAUGCACUUAUACUGUUUGCCGAGUUUGCACAGCAUAAAUGUUGUUUGAGUCACAUGUUUGUGUCUUUCGGCUUUUCCUGGUUAGGGUUCGCCACAGCGGAACACCGGUCCGCUAAUAAUUGGUAGUGGAUUUUUACG